AUGGGUAGCGACUCCGAGGAGAGCUACGACCCCGGCGAGCCUCCAACAACCGAACAACCAAAGAAGAAGGCCGACGAGGAGAUGUAUGAUUUAGGGGUCUUUGAUGAAGAUCCAGAAGAGCUCCAGAAGCGGGCCGUGGCCCUGAUGAAGCAGCGCGACCUGCGCAACAGUUUGAAGAGCCGGGAGGUCCCGGGCGGAGUCAGAUAGCAUUUAGUAGAGCAGCUUGUUGUUUUUUGUGAUAUUAGUAUGUUCAUGGUCGAGUCUACAGGCGAAGAUCGCUGCAGAACUAAAAAACCUGAAGCCGCCGUCGCCGGCCGCGGCGUCGCCGUCGCCGUCGCGGUCGCGGUCCCGUGAUCGCGGCCGCCGCCGGCGGUCGUCGUCGUCGGCGUCGCCGCGGCGGCGGCGGCGGCCCUCGAAGUGGGACACAACAACGACAGAUGAUGCUGCCAAGGGGUACGUUUCCUUAGUUCUGGCAUGGUUUCUUUUCCUUUUCGCCGCGUCUUGAAUCUCACCCUCAGUCUUGUCCCCCCUUAGCGCGAUGCCCCCUCAAAAAAAAGCCAGUCAAUCCACUCAACGCAAGUUCAGCCAAAGUGCGCAGCAGCGGUCACAGGUCCAGCAACGCCAGCCAAGGCAACCACCGCAGCAGCAACGAUCGCAGCAGAUCCCCUAUGGAGCGUCGCCCUUCGACGACCGGCGGUCGCGCUCGCCGCCCGGCCGGCGCCCUCGCGGGCGGUCGCCGCCGCGACGCUCGCCCUCGCCGGAUCGGCGCCCGCCGCCGCCGCGCGGCCAGUUUCCGCCGCGCGGCCGCUCGCCGGAGCGGCGGCCGCCGCCACGCGGGCGCUCGCCGCCGGGCCGCCGGUCGCGGUCGCCGCCGCGCGACUCCCGCGGGCCCCCGAACCUCGGCACGCCGCCGGGCUCGCCGCGUGGUGAUAAUCGGCGGGGCCCGCCGCGCGGCGACGGGCCCGGCGAUCGACGCUCGCGCUCGCCGCCGCGGCGCGGGCCGCCACGUGACGGCUUCCGCGGCCCACCGCGCGACAACCGCGGCCCGCCUCCGCGCGACGACCUGCGGGGCCCACCUCGCGACGGCUUCCGUGCGCCGCCGCCGCGCGGCCCCGACCGCGGCCCGCCGCCACGCGAUAACGGAUUCAGAGGUCCGCCGCCGCGCGAGCGCUCUCCGGACCGGCGUUCGCCGCGCGGCCGCUCGCCCGACCGGCGGCCGCCGCCGCACGGGCGCGGCGGCAACCCGCCGCGGGGCCCCGGCCCGAAAACGGGCUACGACCCGCGCUUCGACGUGCCUCCGCCCGGCGCGCUGCCGCCGCGCGAAGACGACCGCUUCCGCGGCCCGCCACGCGACAACCGCGGUCCUCCGCCACGCGACGACGUGCGGGGCCCGCCACGCGACAACCGCGGUCCUCCGCCACGCGACGACGUGCGGGGGCCGCCACGCGACAACCGCGGUCCUCCGCCACGCGACGACGUGCGGGGCCCGCCACGCGACAACCGCGGCCCUCCGCCACGCGACGACAUGCGGGGCCCGCCACGUGGCCGGUCGCCCGAGCGGUUCCGGGGGCGCGGCCCGCCGCAGCCGCGCGGGCCGCCGCGCGGACCGCCCCGCGGGCCGCCGCCGGGCAAGGUCUGGGACGGCUUCCGCUGGGCCGAUCCCGACGACGACGGCACGGCGGGGCGGCCGCCGGGGCGGCGCCCCCCGUCGCCGGCUUCUCAAGCUGCAAGGAGACAGCUCGCGCACGGCCCGCCGCCGACAGCCGACCUCAACAUCGGCAACCGCAAGUUCUUCGUGGGCGGCCUCUCGCACGCAUGCGGCGACGGCGAGCUCCGGGCGCACUUCCAGCGGUUUGGGCGCGUGACGAGCUGCAUCGUGAUGCGGCGCGACGGGCGCUCGCGCGGCUUCGGGUUCGUGACCUACGCCGACGAGGGAGCCGCGCGCGACUGCGCCCGCACGGCGAAGCACGUCAUCCUCGACAAGGUCGUCGACGUCAAGCACGCGACGCCUACGCCUCCGAAGUAACCUCUUCUACUGAUUCGUUGUGGAUCCGUUGGUGAUGGAGCGCGGCGACGGCGUGUUCCCCACAGUCGCGGUCAUGUGUCCGCGUCGGGCUCGCGCGCAAAUGGACUCCGACGCCUAGCUCCAUCGCGCCGCGCCACAGAAUAUUUAUGCUCCUUCGUCGAUGUUACAGAUAAUAUAUUAUGCCUGGUUUGCUAGUGUCUUUACAGCCGCUAGCUAGCGCAAAUCGACGCGCAGAGAGACGCCGAGUGCUGCGCGCCUGCGCGCGCGCGGCUCCAGGCGAUCAUGGAUUUCAACAAUCCACCAGCCGGCGACGCACUGCCGGCUUGCCCCGCUUCCUAUGAAGGCUCUAUGGACAUGGCCCCUCAGGAGGCACAGCCGCCAGGGACCCCCCACGCGGCCCCAAUGCCCUUGGACGGGGGGCGCACAGCGCCCGUCGCCGCGCCGCAGCGCGCCGCGCCGCCUUUCGUCGACCCCUGGCUCACGGAGGCCGACGCGGCCGGCGACCCGAUGCUCUGCGGCGACGCGCUGGCGCCCAUGGACGCGGCGCCCAGUGUGCGAGCGCCAAAGGCCCUAACGCCGCCCGCACGCGCGCCCAUGGCGCUGACGCCGCCCGUACCACCGACAGCUCCGAUGGACGCCGCGCCGACCGCCGCGGCCGCCCCAAUGGCACUCACGCCGGCCGUACCGCCGACGGCUCCCAUGGACGCCGCGCCCACCGCUACGGCGGCACCGAUGGCGCUCACGCCGGCCGUACCGCCGUCGACGUCGAUUGCUCCGAUGGACGCCGCGCCGACAGCCGCCGCGGCACCAAUGGCGCUCACGCCGCCCGCGGCGCCGAUGGCGCUCACCCCGCCCGCGCCGCGCGCCGCGUCGGACGCGGCGGCCCCGCCGGUCGUCGUCGUGGCCACCGCGCCGGCCGCGACGAAGGGCAAACGCGUGAAGCGCCAGACGAUCGGCCCCGGUGCGCCGCCCGCGGCGCCGGCGCCUCCCGCGGUCGCUGCGCCGGCGCCUCCUGCGGCCGCCGCGCCGCCCGCAGCGCCGCCGGCUCCCGUGGCAGCUCCCGCGGCCGCCGCGCCGCCGCGACCAUUGCCGCCCGGCGCGCGCUUCAACGCCAAGGGCGAGACCAUCGUCCGCCUCCGGCGCCCGCCGCCGCCGCCGCGGCCGCCGACGCCCCCGCCGCCGCCGAUGAACGACGUACGAGUAGGAGCAAGAGUGGCCAAAUCCUUCCCCGGCUUCGGCGCACGCAAGUGGCUCGGCACGAUCUCGGCCCAGCGCGCGUCCGGCAAGUGGGAGGUGCGCUGGGACGACGACCCGGGCUACCGCCAGGCCUACGCCGAGACGACGAUGCGGAAAUGUUUGAUCCACGGCGCCGCCGCGGCGCCGCCGCCGCCUCCACCAACGCCCGCGACGCCAUCCACAGAAAACCGCGCGUGCCUCAUGUGCGGGGAAUCCACCAGACUGCCGGACGGGUCGCUCGACGCGGACGGCUGCGUGCGCUGCGACGCGUGCGCCGUCGAGAUGUGCCGCGACUGCUCGGGCCAGCGGCGGCGGCGGCGGACGUGGCGCUGCGACACGUGCGUGAACGCGAGUGGCCUCGGCGAGGCGGAGAUUGAUGAUGUCGUCGAAGAGCCCGCCGGCGCGGAGGAGCGGCCCAUGCGGCGCGCGGCGUCGCUCGACGCGGCGACGGUCCUCGCGAGCCGCCUCGACAACAACCGGAACAAGCCGGACGUCGCGGCGUCCGUGCUCGGCCCGCUCGCCGUCGCCAUUCCGGAAGCGCGCUCGCGCCGGCCGUCCGACGACACGCCGCCGUCGACCAACGAGGACAGUGACGAGGACGUCGCGACGCUGCGGAAGCGGCGGUCGCCGUCGUCGUCGCCGCGCGCCGGCCCGGUCGAGGCCGCGGCGCCGGCGCGCGUCGUCACGGAGAGCGCCGACGAGGAGCCCGUCGACACGCAGCCCUACGACGACGACGAGGCGCCCGCGCCGCCGGCUGACGAGGACGAGGAGCCCGUCGUGGACGAGGCGGACGAGGCGGACGAGCCCGUCGACGCCGACGAGGCGCCGCCCGACGAGGAGGAGCCCGUCGACGAGGCGGCCGCCGAGAUCCCCGACGAGAAGCCACGUUCGCCGCGGGCGCGGCGCCGCAUCGCGGACGAGGAGGAAGAAGAGGACGACGGCGGCGCGGCCGAGCGGGCGGCCGCCGCCGAGGCCGAGGAGGCGGCGCUGCUCGCGCGGCUCGCCCGCUGCGGCGCCGAUUUAGGAAAAGCCGCGUCCGAGGGAGACCCGGCGGCCGCAGUGAAAGCGCUCGGCGCCCUCGACGCUCUGGGGGACGUCGAGAACAGUAUUACGUCCUACGAGGGCCUCGGCGCCACGGGCGUCAUCCAGGCCCUCAAGCAGCUCAAGAAGCAGAAGACCUACGGCCAGGCCGACGCCAGCGCUUCGAUAGAACAAGCAACGACGCUCUUCGAGCGCUGGAAGGCGGCGAACGGCGCUAUUCAGGCUCGCAACGACGCGGACCCCGUGAAGGCGAGGAGACUGAAGGCCGGCGUCGAAGAACUUAUUAAGAAGGCGAAGGCCGCCGAAGAAGAGGUAGAAGAGGAGGAAGAGGAGUUCGAAGAGGAGGAAGUAGUAACGAUGGUCAUAGCAGAGAACGACCGCUCGGCGCGCGGCGUGCAAAGAGGCGACCGGUUGUGGGCUUUAUUUGAUAAGGACGAGCACGGCCAGGAGUGGUGGGGCGGGACCGUGGUCCAGGCCGAUCUUAAUAGUAGGGGCGACGGGGACGUCGACGUCGUUUUCGACGACGGCGAGCGGGAGGUGAUGCGGGCCAAGGAGUGUUUCCGGCGGUGCGAGGCCGGCAUCCUGCGCAGUUUGCGGCAAGCUAGGCCCAACAAGAAGGCCGAGCGCCGCCUGAAGCAGUGCGGCGUGACGCCGCGCGAGAACCACGACAUCCGGCUGCCGCCGCAGCAGAAGGCCCGCGCGCCGCCGAAGAAGAAGAAGGCGACGAAGAAGGCGGCGUCAGCCGUCGGCGCGCGGGCCCAGGCCCGCGCCGAGGCCGUCUGGGCCGCCGCGGCGCGGGCGCCGAGUACCGCGGCGGACGCGUGGGCCGCCGUCGAGCGCUCUGCGGAGACCAAGGCCCGCAAGCGCGCCGCCGCCGCGCCCGCGGCCGCGCCGGUCGCGAAGAUCCCGCGCCGCAAGCUCAAGGCGAAGAAGGCGCCCGCCGUCGAACCUGUCGUGAAGCCGACGGCCGUCCCUAGGAAGCCGAAGAAGCCCGCCGUCGUCCAGAGGAGGCCGAGCCCCGAUCCUAGAGGAGACACGGCGUGCCACUUCUGGGCGCGCGGCGAGUGCCGGAACGGCGACGCGUGCCCCUACAAGCACGACCCGUCCGCGAGGCCGCGGACACCUAUUAUAGACUACACGACGUCGCCGCUGCUCAUGGUCGAGAAGGGCUGCGAGGCGGCCCAGGACUCGCGGGCCGACCUGGACUUUUUGCUGCGGGACGCGUGUGUUAGGGCCGGCCGCAUCAAGCCCUCGGGAUACGAGGGCCAGAAGGAGGCGGGCAACCUGUUCGGGUAUUGUAGCUUCUGGGCCGGGAGCGCGCCGUCGCGGACGCGGACGCGGCCCCUGCCGUCUCUAGAAUGUUCUGAGACGCACCAGAAACUGGAAGAGUCCAUCCUCGACUUCGUCCACAAGGCCAAGCCCGACCCGGCCUCGCCCUACGCCGGCGCCAAUGCUAAAAAACUUGCGAGCGAUGCGGCUCGCUCCUGGCUCAAGGCCAACGACGAGACGUCGGACACGCUCGAGACGUUCUCGCGCGACUGCGCGACGGACGACUGGACGGACGCGACUUGUGGUUUGUGUGCGGCGUCCUUGGUUUCUGUGUGGCCUUCGAUCCGCCCGCGCGAGACGUCGCGGCGGCGGCGCAACCCCGACGCCGUCCGUGACGUCGUCCCUGGCACCGCGUCGAUCGACAAGCACACACAAUGACGAAAAUCUUCGUGGCGCUUCUCCGGCUGAAUCGUGGCCCGCACGCCAUCGACGCGCACCCGACUCACUGCUUGAUGUCUACACAGGCGUGCACCGCGUCGACAACCCGCGGGGCCAGACGUGCGAGCUCGUCUGCAAGGCCGCGCCGAAAUUACGGGCGUGUAUUCGCCUCGAGGUCCUCUUCCGCCUCAAAAGGAGGCACGACCACUUCAUACGGGCGACGUGUGCUGGGAAUGCCCAGAAGCAGCAGUUGGAGCAGGCGCGGUUCCUCACACGCUGUUUGGUUGUGUUGCUGAAGUACGGCGCGUUAUUGAGCGACCCGGGCCAGCACGGCAUGCUGCCCUUGGCGGUCUUUGGCACUUUACAAGAGUGGGGCUGCGAGGGCGAAGGCUUCGCGACGCCCUUGAAUGCGACGCUCCAAAGUUACUGCUCGCUUCAUUCUGAAGCGGAUAGGUGCUUUGGCUCGCUGGGCUCGUUCUUCGACUGGCGGCCGAAGAUGGGCUCCUUCGAGCUGAACCCUCCCUUCACCAUAAGAUCGACGGCGGUCGAGGACCACGUCGUCGAACUCCUGCAAGCGGCGGAACGAGACGGCAAGGCCCUCAGUUUCUGCUACGUCGUGCCAGAGACGGCGGGCCGCCUGCAAACGCGAAAGUCUAUAAGGAGAGAGACGCCCUUCCUCGCGGGCGAGCUCAUGGUGCGGGCCUCCUCGAAAUACAGCGGCGGCAUGGGCCAGGGCCACGUCUACCGGAGAGGCAACGAGUUCCAGACCCACGCCAAGCAGCCCUGGGACUGCCCCUUCACGACGGUCAUCACGUGGUUCCAGACGACCGCCGCCAAAGAGAAGUGGCCCGUGACGGACGCGCUCAAGCGGGACCUGCUGACCGCCUUCGCACCGGGUGCGCCGGAGCCCGAGGCGAUGCGCUGAGUAAGAUGGGUGUUGUUGAA